AUGGCGGAAGAAGCACCAAAUUCUCCGCAUAAACAGACAAAAGGGCUCCCUUUUUACUCACAGCUGUUGUAUUCACAUAUAAGAGCAAGGAUAGACAGGGAAUCCUGCGUGUUGGAGCCUGAAAAGACGAUUCUGGUAAGGUCGCUUAAUCCGCUACUCACCGCCAGCGACAUUGAAUGUCUAUGCUCCAAGGACGGCUACAUUCGCUGCUUCAGCUACUCUGAAAUACAUCCCAACGCUUCAUCCCAGGAGAGGCACAAACACUCGUACUAUUUGGCCUAUGACAAACCGGUUGAGGCUGACAAAGUGUUUGAGAAAUACUCUGGUGAAGCUCCUACAGAUGGAAUUCUCAAUAUAGACUGUUACGGAGAAUGCAAUGACCUCUACGAGUCAAUGCAAGAGUACCGAUCGCAUUACAAAAGCAAAGAUAUCCUCCAGAAAUACGCAGACGAGUACAUGCUAAACUACGAUCUUAAAAUGGAGCUCAACAAAAGGCUCAGAGAACAAAGUAUUACAGAUGAGGAAGGCUUCACUACUGUGGUUUCUGGUCCUAGACCUGAAAGAGUAUUGGCGUCCCAGAAAAAGAAAAAGAGCAAGGACGCCUCCGAUAUUUACAAGUUAAAACUUGGCAGCUCUCAGUGA